UGAGCCCGUUAGGAUCUUGCCAGGUGUCAUGGCAAACUUGUAAUUAACAUAUAGUUAUCUAAUAAAAGAAAUUGAAAAUAUAAUUCUAACCCUAGUUAAUCAAUGGGACCCAUUGUACUUUCUCUGAACCUGCACAAGUUUUCAUGAAAAAGUGAAGCAAAACCAUGAAUUAAUGCCGGAUUUUCAUUCCGGCGCCGGAAAUACGCCGGUGAACGUGGAAUCAGCUUGGACUAAUCAUGCUCUGUCCAUAGAGCUUUGGAUUUUCUGAAAUGGUGCCAAAAAAAAAGUCCCCGACAUUGGUCCAAAAUCUUGUGAAGCCAUUGAUGAACGCAUCGUCGCCGGAAACACGGUGAAGGUAGAUAUGGACUCAGCUGAUGAAGGGCUAUCUGAAUCUGGGGCUAGAAUUUGAAAUGGCCGGAAAAAAAAAUCCCCGGCGUUUGUCUCGAAAUAAACGCCAGCAAGAGAGAUGAUAAAGCAUUCUUAUGGAGAACUGCAAUGUCAGAAUAUGUACGAUAAAAAAAAUAAGAAGAAAAUUUAUUUGUGAAGAAGAAGUUACAAGAAAAAGAAAGAAAAAAGAAGAAGAAGAAGAGGACGCGGCGUUACAAUAGAAGGAGAAGCAGCGCGUUAAACAUAUAAAUAAGAAUUAGGGCAACACUUUCUUUAAUCACAUUAUUUAUAUAAUUUAUUUUAAGGCUGCAGCCUGCACGUGAAAAUUUAUUCCAACGGUGGCCCAUGAAGUAAAAUUUUUAAUUACAAUGUAUACACUUUUUUUCUUUAAUUAGGGCCCACGGUUUUAGGGCCCAUGGCGGCUGGGAAGAACGACUCCGCCGAUAGGAUCAAGGGGCCCUGGAGUCCGGCCGAGGACAACCACCUGCGGGAACUGGUGCAGCAGCACGGCGCCAGGAAUUGGUCGCUCAUAAGCAAGUCCAUUCAGGGGAGAUCGGGGAAGUCGUGCCGCCUGAGGUGGUGCAACCAGCUCUCGCCGGAGGUCGAGCACCGCCCGUUCACGCCGGAGAAGGACGAGAUUAUUCUUAAGGUGCACGAGGAGAUCGGGAACAAGUGGGCGACGAUCGCCAGGCUGCUCAACGGACGUACGGACAACGCGAUUAAGAACCAUUGGAACUCCACGCUGAAGCAGAGGUUCUUCGCGGACUCGUCCGGCGGCGGGGAGGAGCGCCUCUCGCAGGUUUUGAGGCGAGCCGACAGCGGCGACGUCUCGACGGCGAUGAUGAACGGCCCGAAGUUGAGUCCGCUUGAGAGAUCGAGCCGUUCCGACUCCGACAUCAGCGACUCCGGCUACAAUGCGGAGCUCUCAUUUCCGAUCGCGACGAACGCGGUGGUGGUGCCGCGGGAGAAAUCGCCGCCCGCGGCGGCGGGUGUUGAAGACUGCGACGGUGAGUUCACCGCUUUGACUCUUUGUUUGCCAGGGAUCGGAAGCGUUUCGCCUGCAAAUGGCAUAGGGAAGACGGAGACGAAGGAGAUUGGGGGGGAGGGAUUAGUUUUGUAGUUGGGUUUGAGUUAAUCUCAAUUUAGUAAUUAGGUUUUUUAUUUUUUUUGUCAAUUAUAUUUAAAUUUUA